AAGGCCAAGAACGCCCCCAAAAUCUGUUUCUAAUUUUACAGAAAUCUUUUGAAAUUUGGCACGGUAUCGAAAAGUCCGUGGAAAGAAAAAAAACAACAACCUUGUCCUAGCUUCGGCUUCCAACUCCAAAGACAGACUUGCUUCCUUUCAACGGUUUUCACAGAUCCAGUGACCCACGCUCUGAAGUCAGAAUUAGCUAACUUUCAAAAACAUCUGGAGAAAUGAAGACAUGGUUGAAAAUUGUAUUUGGAAUUGCCACCUCUGCUGUGCUUGCUUUACUGGUGAUAUGCAUUGUCUUACGUCCUUCCAGAGAUCACAACUCUGAAGGAAAUACAAGAGCACUCACACUGAAAGAUAUUUUAAAUGGGACAUUUUCUUAUAGGACAUUUUUCCCAACCUGGAUUUCAGGGCAAGAAUAUCUCCAUCAAUCUACAGAUAACAAUAUAGUAUUCUAUAACAUAGAAACAGGAGAAUCAUAUACCAUUUUGAGUAAUACCACCAUGAAAAGUGUGAAUGCUUCAAAUUUUGGCUUAUCACCUGAUCGUCAAUUUGCAUAUCUGGAAAGUGAUUAUUCAAAGCUUUGGAGAUACUCUUACACAGCAACGUACCACAUCUAUGACCUUAGGAAUGGGUCCAGGUUGGAGACAUUGUUUUGGAGAAGGAAACAAGGGAGUUUCUUCAGGCUUCUCACACUACACCUGGGAGAUUUUGUGAGAAGAAAUGAGCUUCCUCAUCCAAUUCAGUAUAUUUGCUGGUCUCCUGUUGGGAGUAAAUUAGCAUAUGUAUAUCAAAACAAUAUCUAUUUGAAACAAAGUCCAGAAAACCCACCUUUUCAAAUAACGUAUAAUGGACAAGAAAAUAAAAUAUUUAAUGGAAUUCCAGACUGGGUUUAUGAAGAGGAAAUGCUUGCUACAAAAUAUGCUCUCUGGUGGUCUCCAAAUGGAAAUUUUUUGGCAUAUGCAGAGUUUAAUGACACAGAGAUACCAGUUAUUGCCUAUUCUUAUUAUGGUGAUGAGCAAUAUCCUAGAACAAUAAAUAUUCCAUACCCAAAGGCUGGAGCUAAGAAUCCUGUUGUUCGGAUAUUUAUUGUCGAUACCACUUACCCUGAGCACGUAGGUCCCGUAGAAGUGCCAGUUCCAGCAAUGAUAGCCUCAAGUGAUUAUUAUUUCAGUUGGAUCACGUGGGUUACUGAUGAACGAAUAUGUUUGCAGUGGCUGAAAAGAAUUCAGAAUGUUUCAGUCUUGUCUAUAUGUGAUUUCCGGGGAAGCUCGCAGACAUGGUAUUGUCCAAAGACCCAGGAACAUAUAGAAGAAAGCAGAACUGGAUGGGCUGGUGGAUUUUUUGUUUCAGCACCAGUUUUCAGCUCUGAUUCCACUUCAUACUACAAAAUAUUUAGUGACAAGGAUGGCUACAAACAUAUUCACUACGUCAAAGACACUGUGGAAAAUGCUAUUCAAAUUACAAGUGGCAAGUGGGAAGCCAUAAAUAUAUUCAGAGUAACACGGGAUUCACUGUUUUACUCUAGCAAUGAAUUUGAAGGUUAUCCUGGAAGAAGAAAUAUCUACAGAAUUAGCAUUGGAAACUAUCCUCCAAGCAAGAAGUGCAUUACUUGCCAUCUAAGGCAAGAAAGGUGCCAAUAUUACACAGCAAGUUUCAGUGACUACUCCAAGUACUAUGCACUUGUCUGCUAUGGCCCCGGCCUCCCGAUUUCCACCCUUCACGAUGGCCGCACCGAUCAAGAAAUUAAAAUCCUGGAAGAAAACAAGGAAUUGGAAAAUGCUUUGAAAAAUAUCCAGCUGCCUAAAGAGGAAAUAAAGAAACUUGAAGUGGAUGAAAUUACUUUAUGGUACAAGAUGAUUCUUCCACCUCAGUUUGACAGAUCAAAGAAGUAUCCCUUGCUAAUUCAAGUGUAUGGUGGUCCCUGCAGUCAGAGUGUAAGGUCUGUAUUUGCUAUUAGUUGGAUAUCUUAUCUCGCGAGCAAGGAAGGGAUAGUCAUUGCCUUGGUGGAUGGGCGAGGAACAGCUUUCCAAGGGGACAAACACCUGUAUGCAGUAUAUCGAAAGCUGGGUGUUUAUGAAGUUGAGGACCAGAUCACAGCCGUCAGAAAAUUCAUAGAAAUGGGUUUCAUUGAUGAAAAAAGAAUAGCCAUAUGGGGCUGGAGCUCUCCUCUCACUCUCACCCUCUCUAAAGAUGGACCUUUCUGCACCAAAAUGUGAUAUGAUCUCUCCUGACCUGAGGGAAAUUAUUUCCAGAAAUGUGUGGUAAUAAUAUUUUAAAAACAAGAUACGUACGUCCCUAGUUGGAGAGUCCCCAGAAUACUGCUUAGUCCGUGAUUCCAGGAGCAGUACCUCUCCCAGCUGUGUACACAGAUCAGAGGUGCCGUCCAGGGGGAUGCAGGCUAAUUGUGAUGCUCUGGUUCUUUCUUCAUUUUUAGAAAAAGGUUCAGUUUUCCAAACAACAAGCACCUCCUUAUGUUAUUAGGGUCACAUUUCGGAAUUACCUAUUGAUUCCUGGGGGAAGAAAAGUGAUGAAAGCUAAACCUGCUCUUGACGACUCUGAAAGGUGUAUUCCCUUGUGUAUUUCUUUGUUUUUGUAUUAUAUUUGUGGGAGGGUAUGUAACAUUUUUAAAACACCAGUGGCUUUCCCUCCUUUCAGCUGCCUUGCCAGAAAUCCUUAAAACGGAAUAUGCAACGCGACCUUAUACACAAACCCUGGCCAUGUCCUAAACAAUCUAGAAGGUUCUUAUGUCCUUCCCUUGCUGUUCUGUGAUGAAAAUAAGUAAAUACACAGAUACAAGUUCUGCCUCAAAAGGACUUUUGCAAGCUAUGGGAAGUAGCUUGCAUUUACAUUUUGGGAAGCAUCUUUUUUGGUGCAUUUCUUUGAAGUCGAAUCCUGUUUUUGCUGUAGCAAGGCCCUGGUUGGAAAAAUAUAGAAGAGGGGGAAAAAGAGAGAUUUUUGCAGAAAAAUUGCAAUUAUAUCCAUCUUUUAAACUGCUCUUACCAUGUUCUGAUCAGCACACCAAGUAUUUAAAAUUUACUGGGGAUGAAAUUACCCUCACGUCUGGUGGGGCUUGCUGCCAAAGGUGUAAGGUAGACAUUUAAUCUACCUUAUCCGUGUUCCCCAGUUCCCAUCAGCACUUAUUGUGAGUAAAGUUGCUGUAAAAAUGUAGAGGAGAGUUUAUGAAAGUAAAUGUA